AUGGGCGGUAAUAAGGGAAAGGGAAAAUAUAGCACGGCGAGAUCAGGCGGCGGUGUGCUCGACAAGUCAACUAUCGACCGUAUUAUGCUCAGAUUCCGGCCAAUUGCACCGAAACCCGCCGGAAACGGAUCUUCUUCCGGCGAAGCGACGCCGGAGUGCGACAACAACAAGAACAUCCUUACCAAUAAAAGAACGAAAAGAAAGUACGUUAGGGUUAGAAAGCACAACAAGCCACGGAAAAAGAAGAAAACGCCGUCGCCCGAGGGCGGAGAGACCGAAAACGCUCAGCACAAGAGCUUUGAGACGCUUCAGCUGUUGCCGGAGAGAUCCGACGGCGAGGCAUUACUACAGUGGAGCAAUGUCAUCGAGUCACGGGUGACGGUGGAGUGCGUGACGGACACGUGCGCGGCGGACGGAGACGGGCUGGGGUCGACGGACGAGGAUAGGUUGAGGAAUCUGGAGGCGGACGCGUGUCCGGGGUUCGUGUCGGAUGGUUCCCACGCGGUGCGGUGGGUGAACGAAGCUUACAAGAAGAUGGUGACGAGUGCUGAAGAAAAUGAUGGCAUUCAUGGGUUCUGGAAGAAGGAAUUUAGGGUUUGUUUAGUAAUGAAAGUGAAGUAUCCGUGCAAGUGUUUGCACCCUGCGUUCGGGUGUAGGGUGAGGGUGGACUACACGUGGCGCGAUCGGAAGCUGUCGCGGACCGUGCCGGGCGACGUGUGGAGGAUGGAGUGUGGUUGGUUUGCAUGGCGGCUGGACGUGAAGUCUGCGUUGAGUUUGGGCAUUUGA